UCAUGUUGGUUGCCAUAGCGACAGCUAAACAACAACCAACAUGGCGGUCAACGCGCAAAGUGCAGAGGUGGAAAAAAAGAUUCGAGCAGCUUUCGAAGCGUUUGAUUACCAAUCAAACGGCACAGUCGAUGUCCGUGAAAUUGGCACUAUCAUCUAUUCUCUGGGUCGCUUCCCCAGUCAGGCAGACCUGCACAACUUCAUUGCUGAGGUGGAAGAGGACCAAACAGGAUAUAUCCACCUGGACCGCUUCCUCCCCGCCAUGACUAAAGUUCUGAUGGAACGCAAGUUCCCUCCCAUCUGUGAGGAGGUUUUGCUUCAAGCGUUUGAGGUUCUUGACAAGGAAAAGAAGGGCUUCUUGGACCCAGAUGAUCUGUCACAGUACAUGAUGGAGGAAGGUGAGGCCUUCACUCAGGAGGAGAUGGAUGAGAUGCUGACAGCCCUCACUGACCAUGAGACCAACUUGAUUUACAGCAAGGACUUACUCAACCAUCUCAUCCUAGACCCUGAAGUGUAAACUACAGCACGAUAGGCAUUAUUUCUAUCACAUGUACAUUCCAGAUUUACAGCUCUUUGUUCCAUGUUUCAAUUUAUCAUAUCUUUGUCAUAUUCUCUUACACAUGCAUUAUCCCUCCCCGUUAAAAGUUGUGCGCUAUAUCAUUGAACGAAACCGGGAAUGUGUUUUGUAUAUGACAUUUUUAUCAAACUUGAGGCGCCUACAAAAGCAUUCAAAAAUGUGGAGUCAAUUUAAGAAACAUGCAUCAUGGCUGGGAGUACUUUGUAACUUGAAGCCACUGAAGCAGGACAUAAAUGGGUUAAAUAUUCCCUUUUGGAAGUGAAGAUGUAUGUGGUGGUGGUGGUGGUGGGAAAGAACUGAGCACAUUCUCAAAGACUGACUGCUGUGUCAGCAUUUAAUCACAGAUUUGCCAUGGAGUGAACAUGCAGCAUGAAUUCAUGCUGGUAUUCUGCUCAGAGGGG